AUGACAGCUCCAGGUACCCAGCGAGCUGUAAGCACAAGAUUUCGAGACUUAUGUCAGCGACCUGGUAAGCAGUGGGUGUGUAUUUGGAGAACUUUUUUUUUUGUAUACGAUAAUGUUUCAUUAAUUUUCCUUCUCUACUCUUCUCUCUAUGUUCAUCAGGAAACUCCAAGGAUAGCCUCAAAAACAGAACAGUGUUAUGACUUGCUUCUGCUUGGCAAAACUGGCCAUGGCAAAUCCGCAACCGGCAACUCAAUCUUGGGGUGGAAAGCGUUUAAAUUCUCCUCCUCCAUGUCCUCGGUAACUUUAAAAGUCCAAGCGGAAUGGGCAGUGUGUGACGGUUGCAUCCUUAAAGUCAUCGACGGUCCAGGGAUUGGAGAAACUAGAAUGGACGUGGACCGUGCUAUGGAUAAAGCGGUCGCAGACAUGGCCACAGCGAUGACCAUGUGCACUGAAGGCUUCCACGCCAUGAUAAUUGUUUACAAGUUCGGCAAUCGGUUCACGAAAGAAGAACAGGACAGUUUAGACUUCCUCAGAGGCAUGCUGGGUCAGGACGUGUUUAAGAAGUACGGCGUGUGUGUGAUGACCUAUGGCGAAAACUUUCAAAACUCGGUAGAGGACGAUGGAACACCAGACAAGACGGUUCUUGAAUGGUGCCUAGAGCAAGACAGCGACUUUGCCGAGUUCAUCAAAGAAUGUGGCGGGAGGGUUGUUUUGUUCCACAACCUCUCGAAAGAUCCGAAAAUACAGGGCGAACAGGUGCAAAAGUUCGUGCAUGCUGUGAGCAAGCUCCAAAACAACGGCGAGCGCUACACCAACGCUAUGUUUCACCAAAUGGACGGCGAGCGCAAAAAGUUGAUUUUGAAAGCAAAUCUACCCCAGAUGGAAGAAGAAAUUAAGAAGCAAUGCAGCCUUCUGACACAAUCCUUAGUAGAAAUCAAAAUCGACCAGGUGGAUGCCCCACAAAAGGUGGCAGAUCUGAAGAAGCACGCACAAAAGCUGAUAGAGGAAAUCUGUAAAAAGGAUCAGGGAACCAAGGUUCUUCAACCUCUCAAGGAAAUCGUAGAGUCCUUUUUGUACUUUGCAGAAGUGUUUGAAACGACACGCCACGAGAAAGACAAAGAGGAAAAAGUUAAAGAGCAACUAAACAAAUUGAAAGAGGAAUUGGAACAGAGCAGGAAGAAGUUUGAUAAUGUUCAGAGUGCAUUGGUGAAAAGGGCAAAAGAUGAAGGGUUUUUGACGUUUUGGUCACAGUUGGAAAAGGUAUUUUAA